AGCAGUGGGAACUAGUUUUUGACGUGAGGGUAGGUUAGAAGGUUGAGUGUCUUUCGUUGUGUGUUAUUUACGUUAAAUCGCGCCUUUUGCUCGAAAAUAAUAAAUUAGUGAAUGACAUUUCGUUAAUUAAUAAACUCGGCGACUUUUCAUCAUUACAAUUGCGGUUUACCAUGCACGCAUUUUUCGUAUUUGACCCAAGCUGAUUUGUGAUUGUUUGUUAUUAUUUACUUCCAUAGCAAAGAAUGAACGGCACAAUGGAGCCACGAAAGAGCGACACGCACGGAGCCAAGGGGCCUAAGAAUUACAAAUUGCUGGUGGACCCUUUCUUGGUUAAGGGGGCUGCCAAGUUGUACAGGUACGACGGGGUGGUCCCCAACGACGCCUCGUACCGACCGCCGGUUCCGAGGGACCCCAGGUCGCACCUCACCAGGAUUUGGACGAGACUGGAGACGCUCGACCUGCCAGUACCAAGGUUCAAGAUCGACUCAAACUACGUGGGGGAGCCCCCUUCGAUCGAAGUAACAAUUUUCCACUUGAACGACAACAUUGACAAGCAGUUCCUCAAAGACAUGGUGCAAAAAUACGGCGUAAUUGAGGAACUCUUCAUCUACUACCACCCUCAAACCAACAAACACCUCGGUAUUGGUCGUGUUGUCUUUGAAACAGUUGUCGGUGCGAAAACCUGCGUCGAAAAAUUGAACGACACCAGUGUUAUGGGUCAAAUUCUCGAAGUCUUCCUCGAUCCAUUCGGCGAAAAAUGUAAAAAGAAAUUCGAAGACUGUACUGUAGAAAAACGCCCCCCACCACCCAUCAUCGAAAACACGCCGAAAACCGAACCUGAGAAACUCAAAAUCGACGAAGAGAAAAAGAAAGAUGAAAAAGAACCGAAAGAGAGCAUCGAUGAAGUUAAAAAGAAAGACAGAGAUAGGGAUAGGGAGAGAGAUAGGUAUAGGUAUCGGGAGUUUGCCACGCCCAGUAGCUCAGAUAUGGGUUACGGAACCGCCUCUAGUGAAUUUUCAGCCAGUUACGGAUCGGCAGGUACCACGCCAUUGGCUUACGAUUAUUCACACAUGGCACAUCAGUAUCCGUACGCCACGCCCACUUAUCACUGCCCGCCCACUGUAUGGCCAAUGGCCACACCUCAAUGGCCAUCAGACAUGUGGGAUCGCACUCCAAUACCCCCCAAAUGGCCCGAAAAAGAACACCCAGUUAAAGAAUACAAAGAAGAGAAAAAACGAAAUAAUGUAGCCCCUAUUAAAACUAAAAAAGAGAAAGAGAAGGAGGAGGAAGAGAGCAAAACGCUUGAUUUAGACACAAGGAUUGCUCUUUUACUUAAAGGGCGGGGCACGGGUGAUAAAGCACCGCCCUUUCUACUACUGGGCGGGGAUUCGGACGACGAAUCAAAGUCUUCCUUUGAUAGAAUGCCCAAAUCGGUACCAAUCCCAACAUCAAUUGACAGCGAUGACGACCGGUCAAGUAUCUCACUAAGUGACAUGCCCAUUAAUCCCCCUGCCCCCGAAUUUGACACAAAUUCGGUCAAGUGUGACGACACCGCCCCUCUCUCUACCCCACCGUCGCCAUUUUUGUCCAAAGACGUCUAUUUGGAGUGUCACAAGUUGGCGUUGGAACAGGAGGUGGUGGCGCGUCAGAAGGAGGCUUUGGAGACCAGCGCCCUCUUGAAACAAAUCGAUGUGACGAAAAUCGGUAGCGACAUCUCGUCGAGUGAGGAUGAACUUUUGACAGGUGACAAUUAUAGCCCCCUUGAGCGUAAAUGUGAUAAGGAUGACGACCGAAUGAGUUUAUCGCCGUUGAGUGAUAACGAACAGAAAAUUGAAGAAUCAAAGUUGGUCAUGCCGACGUAUCCUUAUCAACAAUAUCCAGGAUACCCAGGUCUCCCCUACUCGUAUCCAUACAAUCAAUACGAUUGGAGACAGUCGUAUCCAUAUACACAUCCAAUGUAUUUGACUUCGUCUUACCCCUCAAUGCACCCCUCCGUACAGUCAUAUAUGAAUUAUCAAAUGGCACCGAAACGGUCAGAAAACUCCAAAGAUGACCCACACUCCCCUACUAUAAACGCAGUGAUUCAACAAAUCACACAAGAAUUGAAAGCGAUUCUCAAGAAGGAUUUUAAUAAGAAAAUGGUCGAAAUGACAGCAUUUAAAAAAUUCGAAGCUUGGUGGGAGGAGGAGAGUAGUAAAGAGAAUAAAAAUAAAGAGGAAGUGGUGGAAAAACCGACACGUGACAAUAUUAAUGUUUUAUUGGAGGCAAAUCGUGAGAAUCUUUAUUCGAAUGUGAGUCUUGGUCUUAAAGCUUCACUUCCGAAAAUGCCCAGUUUUCGCCGUAAGAAAAUCCCCUCGCCUGAGGAGCGAAAAUUGAGCGAUUGUGAGGAAAUCGUUCACGAUUCGGAUCCGGAAGUCACACGACCGUUGCGCCGUAUUCGGAUCAGUUCGUCGAGUAGUUCGGAAAGUUCGAGUUUGAGUUCGGAAAGUGAGGACAGUUCGGAUGAGAGUUGUUCCGAUUCGAAGGAGAAAACACCAGAACCGGAAAAAGCCCCAAAACCGGUCAAUCGAUACUCGAAAAUCUACGUUAGUGAUAGUGACGAUGGCGAAUUGGAGUUUUUGGAACGGCGAAGGCGGAACACCGAAUGGAUGGAGCAAAUCGAGAGGGAGAAGAAACAAGCAAAUAAGGUGGUGGUGGUGGAGGAGGAGGUAAAAGUAGUCGAAGAUGUGGAAAUGGAGAGUUUGGAGGAGAAAAGUUUGGAGAAGUUGGAGAGUGAAAGGGAGGAGUUGUUGCGUCAAGUGAGGAAUCCAGAGCCUCCAGAGGAGCCCCCAGUGAGUAGCAGCGACGAUGAGAAUCUCGAAGCGAGAGUAAGGAAGAAAGAGGAGGUGAAAGAGGAGCAUAAUGGGGCAUUGGAGCCCCCGAAACGUGUCUCAGAGUCAUCAAUCGAAAGCAGUCCUUCGUCACAAGUCACCAUGGAACACUCCUAUUGUAUGCAACCAAUUGAAAUUUCCGCUGAAGCAACUCAAGAAAAUCUCGUUCAUGAUCAUGGUUACACUACUAAGGAGACGAAACCGGUCAAGGAGAAGCCCCCAAGGCCCCGCAAACGCAAAGAACACAAAAAACUCCAAGAAUUACAAAACUACGACAGUUACAAGUACAAUUCUUCUGUUCCCUACACCAUCCACAAUGUUAAACACAAAGAACGCGAUGUGAUGAAUCAAAUGAGUAUUCUUUACGAGUUUUUAACGAAAGGAAUCGACUUCGAGGAUAUUCAAUACAUGAAACAGAGUUACGAGUUUAUGUUGGCUGAUGAUUCGAUGGGUUAUUGGUUGAAUGACACCCAUUGGGUGGACCAUUGCGUUACGGAUCUGUACUCGAGUCCGGCGAAAAGACGGAAACGGGACGAUGUGAGACUCCAUUCGACCGGAUGUGCCCGAACUGAGGGCUAUUACAAGAUAGCAGCACACGAAAAGGCCAAAUAUAAGUACCAUCACGCAAAAUCGCAUGCAAUUGUUUCGGAAAACGCCCCCGUGAGUAAAAUGCAAGGUUUGUCACGGGAAGCACGCUCGAAUCAGCGACGUCUAUUGGCGGCUUUUGGUGGCGACACCGACUCCGAUCUCCUGAAGUUUAAUCAGCUGAAAUUCAGGAAAAAACAUCUGAAAUUCGCCAAAUCGGCCAUCCACGAUUGGGGCUUGUUCGCAAUGGAGCCAAUCGCGGCCGAUGAAAUGGUGAUCGAGUACGUGGGGCAGAUGGUGAGACAUAGUGUUGCCGAUUUGAGGGAGCGCAAGUAUGAAGCGACGGGGAUUGGGAGCUCGUAUUUGUUCCGAAUCGAUCUUGAGAAUAUCAUUGAUGCGACUAAAUGUGGCAACCUUGCAAGGUUUAUCAAUCACAGUUGUAAUCCUAAUUGUUACGCCAAAGUGAUUACAAUCGAGUCCCAGAAGAAGAUUGUGAUAUAUUCGAAGCAGAGCAUCGGUGUAAACGAGGAAAUCACCUACGAUUACAAAUUCCCGAUCGAGGAUGAGAAAAUCCCGUGUCUGUGUGGGGCGGCCACGUGUCGCGGGACACUUAAUUAAACCGAGUUAGUUACUAUAUGAAAUUUUAAAUUAUCUUUUUUAUUUGUAUAUAUGUUUCUGUAAAUAGUACAUGGUUAUUUGUGUUUGUUUUUCAACCGCAAAUAAAAUUCAUCAACAGCUCA